AUGGCGGAGGCGCAGGAUGACGGGCCUCCGCCUCCUGCAGAGGUGCCGCCAUCGGCUGCACAGCCCUCGGUUGACGAUGUGCCCCCACCCCCACCCGUUAGCGAGCCAGCCCCCGUGCCAGCGGACAGGGGUGAGGCCGCGCCGAGCGCUGCAGCAGGGGCCGCAGCUCCUGCAUCGGAGGUGGCAGCUAAUCAAGCAGCAGCGGAGGCGGCGGCAGCCGACGCUCCGACUGCCCCCGCGGCAGGCGAAGCGGCCUCCUCGCCCACGGCGGCAGCAGGAGAAGGCGCAGCCGCGACAGCAGCAACAGCUCACGCUGGCGCAGCGGUGAAGGCAGAGGAGGGCAGGGCAGCGGCAGAUGUCAAGGACGAGGCUGUCGUGACGCACGAAGCGGCAGGCGGCCCCGCACUAGCAGCACCCGAGCCGCCCAGCGACGAGGUGCUGGUGGCGCGCCUGCGCCAGCUGCUGACGGAAGUGGACCUCGCCACAACCACGGAGAAGCAGCUGCGGCGGCGGCUGGAGGAUGAGUACGGUGUGGACCUGGCGGGGCGCAAGAAGCUGCUGCGGUCUGAAAUCAACGCCUACCUGGAAGCUGCCGAGGGGGACCAGGACAGCGCUGGGGAGGCAGAGGGGAAGGAGGAAGAGCAAGAGGAGGAGGAGGAGGAGGAGGAGGAGGCGCCCAGUGGGCGCAAACGCAGGGCGGGCGGCAGCAGCCUGGGCUCCUUCCUCAGCCCCGAGAUGCAGGACUUCCUGGGCGUGGAGCGCCUGCCCCGCACCCAGGUGGUGAAGCGGCUGUGGGAGUACAUCAAGGAGCACGGCCUGCAGGACCCCAAGGACAAGCGCACCAUCAUCUUUGACGACAAGCUCAAGACGCUGUUCACCGGCACCAAGUGCAACAUGUUCAAGCUGCAGAAGCACCUGUCCAAGCACUGCAAGACCAGCGAUGUGGUUGGGGGCAGCGACGACGACGAGGGCAGCGAGGAGGAGGGUGAGGAUGAUGAUGAUGAGGAGGAGGAGGAGCGGCCCCCCGCCAAGAAGGCGCGGAAAGCCCCCGCGCCCAGGGCCGCCAGCCGCAAGCGCGGCAGCAGCGCAGGGGAGGAGGGCAGGGAGCGCAAGCCCAACGGGUUCACGAAGGAGUGCACGCUGUCUGCCGAGAUGGCAGCCUGGAUUGGCAAGCCCACCGCCUCCCGCCCCGAGAUCACCAAGUUCUUCUGGGCAUACUGCAAGGAGCGGGGGCUGCAGGACCCCGCUGACAAGAGCUUCAUUGUGGCGGACGGGGCGCUCAAGGGGCUGACUGGCGAGGCGCGGUUCAAGGGCUUUGGCUUCUCCAAGCUCAUCAAGGAGCACAUCACCGGCUACACAUAG